GUAGCCUCUCUCGGAGUCACCACCUUCACCCUAUGCGCCCUCUGCAUUGACCGAUUCCGUGCCGCCACCAACGUGCAGAUGUACUACGAGAUGAUCGAGAACUGCACCUCCACGACGGCCAAGCUGGCUGUCAUCUGGGUGGGUGCGUUGCUGCUGGCCCUGCCUGAGGUUGUGCUGCGCCAGCUGGCAAAGGAGGACCCUGAAUACAGCGGCAGCCCCCCAGGAGAACGGUGUGUGGUGAAGAUAUCCACUGCCCUGCCUGACACCAUCUACGUGUUAGCUCUCACUUAUGACGGGGCAAGACUCUGGUGGUACUUUGGCUGCUAUUUUUGUUUGCCAACACUUUUCACCAUUACCUGCUCGCUGGUAACAGCAAGGAAGAUCAGGAGGGCAGAAAAGGCUUGCACCAGGGGGAACAAGCGACAAAUUCAGCUAGAGAGUCAGAUGAACUGCACAGUGGUGGCUUUGACCAUUUUAUAUGGGUUUUGCAUCAUUCCUGAAAACAUUUGCAACAUUGUGACUGCCUACAUGUCCACAGGGGUCUCUCAGCAGACUAUGGACCUCCUUCAUCUCAUUAGUCAGUUCCUUUUGUUCUUUAAGUCCUGUGUUACCCCAGUUCUCCUUUUCUGUCUCUGUAAACCUUUCAGCCGGGCCUUUAUGGAGUGUUGCUGUUGCUGCUGUGAUGAAUGCAUCCAGAAGUCUUCAACAGUGACAAGUGAUGACAAUGACAACGAGUACACCACAGAGCUGGAGCUCUCCCCUUUCAGUACCAUCCGUCGCGAAAUGUCCACUUUUGCCUCCGUGGGGACUCACUGUUAAUUUACCUUAGGACUUUAUUUCCUGUAUCCUUUCCCUUUUCCUUUCUUUUUUUUUUUUUUUUUACUUAAUAUUUCUCUUCUUGAAGCAAAAUGCAAGGGAAAAAAAGAUUAUUGAAAACUACUCUGGAAACCAAUCUGCAUACUAACAGUCGUGCUUUGGGAAAUAAUUUGUUUGGUUAUU